GCUGGUACACAAUUCACCCCUUAGGAUACCCUUUGUAACCGUCUAACCGUCUAAGUUAACAGAUCAAUCCUAUCAUCAAAUUGGACAGCACCACAAAUUGAUGGGGAGUUAUGUGGAGUCAUAAAUAUUGUUGAGGGCACGUCGAGGCUCCAAAUCCACCAAAAACGCUUCCCCUUAGCAUGCGCCCUGAACUCCCAAAGUCAAUACCUUCCCUUCACAUCCACGCAACCAAAUAGCUUACCAAAUAUAUACCCACAUACUCGUUUUGUGAGGUAAAGCCAGAAAAUAAUGCAAGGGGCUGCAGCUGCGUCCAAUGAAGAAACCAAACCCACACUGAUCCAACCAAACUGCCCUCGCUGCGACUCUUCCAACACCAAGUUUUGUUAUUACAAUAACUACAGCCUUUCACAGCCGCGUUACUUUUGCAAGUCUUGUCGAAGGUACUGGACUCAUGGUGGCACUCUCCGUAACGUCCCCAUUGGUGGCGGCUCUAGAAAGCCAAAGCGCCCCAAAACAAUACCCUUUUCUUCCCCUUCUCCGGACACCCUCAAUGCGCCGCCGUCUCUCGCCCUAGAUGCUGGUGGACCUCUUUCCUAUUCCGGUGCUGGGUAUCACUCUACUUUCAAUGAAUCGUCUGUGGGGGCUUAUGCAUUUGGAUUAUCCCACAGCUUUGAUCAUGGUGAUCAUAAUACGAUGUGGACUACCAUCAACAACUCCAUCAAUUCUUGCUCUGCAGAAUCUUAUCGUAAAAAAUCAACUGGUUCGUCAAUUUCAAAUAAAGUGGUGGGCAUCAUGGUUUCUGAGUAA